AUGUACGUACUUUCUGUCUACGUUGGUUCCAUACCGGUCUCUGCGAGCCGACAUCCAGCCAUGUCCGAUGUCUCGAACUCCCCCGAUACCAAGUGCUUCGAGGCACUGCCCCUUGACACAUUCAAGGCCAUCGGGUCAUCAGAAAGCAUUAUCCUGAGAAUGACAAGAGAACACCGGCGACUUCAUGUGAAGGUGGCGAAAUACCUUUUUUUACUAUUGUGCCACCCCAAAUUGCGGAGAAGCUUUCUUCGUGUUCCACUCGGAAGAUGUGAUUAA